AGACAUGGACAGGACACACUUUCCUUGGCAAUGUGAACAUGGGGGCUGCCAUAGUAUUUAUUGGCCUGGAGCGGGUGCGCUAAAAAGGGACACUGCAUUCUGUCUGUCCUUUGUGGAACAACCUUAGAUUGUAAGCUCUGGGGGCAGGGGCUGAUUGGGAAGAUGGCUGCAGAAUGGCAACACUGUUAAGUAAAUCUAGAAAAACAAUUAUGGAAAAACAGAUCCUGCACUAGUUUCCCUAUUCUAUUCAGCAAAGGAGCUGCAGCUGCUGACCUUGCUUCUAUAGUUAUUGUAUUAUAUAGUAAUAGUGAAUUGUAUUGCACUGGAGGAGAGCGACACGUUUUCCCUGGAUGGGAAGCCUGUGCAGCUACAGUAACAGUGACAACUAUAAGGCACCGAACCCCGAACUGUCCCAGACUCAUGCCCAGCCCCCAUCUCCCCCAUUCAGCGCGCUCCCACGUGGCCAGGCUGUCCCGUCCUCCCACAUCCUGACGUCACCGGCCUGGAAUGCGCUUCCUGCGGCGCUUAUUGCUUUGGCUGUGCGCGUCCGCGUGUGCUGGGGGCGCGCUUGUGGUGCGUCAGCGCUGGUUGGGCGCUACUCGGGAGGGGACCGUUACAGAGAGGGGACACUUCUUCAUUCAGCGCGCAGAUCCGCUUGGGCUCGGAGGCCGCAAUCUGAAGAAGCGUUUUAAGUGUCUGGGAUUCAGCCCGUCUCGGGCACCAAUGCACCGCCUGGAUCCAAGGGCCGCGUUUAAGCCAAGUAACCUGCCUGUAUCUUUUUGGAGUGUGGGAGUAAAGCAGUGGAAGCCUAUGCUAGCACAGAGAGAACAUUUAAACUCCUUACAUAGUGCCCAGAUGGCCCGUUAUCCAGUAUUCACGUUUGUAUUUCUUAUUUGUCUGGUUUUGUGCACAAACGCCCAGCAAGGUGGAACUGAAUGUUUGAAAGCAAAUGCCAAAUCAUGUGGAGAAUGUAUUCAGGCUGGGCCCAACUGUGGCUGGUGCACUAAAGUGGACUUCUUACAAGAAGGAGAGCCCACGUCGGCCCGUUGUGAUGAUUUGGCUGCUCUGAAAACCAAGGGCUGCCCUGAAGAUGACAUCCAAAACCCCAGGGGACGUAAGCAAAAGCUAAAAGACAUCCCAAUAACAAGCAAAGGUAAAGGAGAGCGUAUGGACCCUGCAAACAUCACCCAGCUCCGACCCCAACAACUGGUAUUCGAAUUGCGAUCAGGGGAACCCCAGACAUUUAAUUUGACAUUCAGAAGGGCAGAAGACUAUCCAAUCGACCUGUACUAUCUUAUGGACCUCUCCUUUUCUAUGAAAGACGACUUGGAGAAUGUUAAAAGCCUUGGAACGGCUCUUAUGACAGAAAUGGAGAAAAUCACUUCAGAUUUCCGGAUAGGUUUUGGCUCAUUUGUGGAAAAAACAGUUAUGCCCUACAUAAGCACCACUCCUGCCAAACUUCUUAACCCUUGUACUAAUGAUCAGAAUUGCACCAGCCCCUUCAGCUAUAAAAAUGUCCUCAACCUGACGAAAGACGGAAAGUUGUUUAAUGAUCUGGUAGGCAAGCAGCAGAUCUCCGGGAACUUGGAUUCUCCUGAGGGAGGCUUUGAUGCCAUUAUGCAGGUUGCAGUCUGUGGUGAGCAAAUUGGUUGGAGAAAUGUCACUCGCUUGCUGGUCUUUUCAACUGACGCAGGAUUCCAUUUUGCCGGAGACGGAAAAUUAGGCGGCAUUGUUUUACCAAAUGAUGGCAGAUGUCAUCUGCACGGGAACAUGUACACGAUGAGCCACUAUUAUGACUAUCCCUCGAUUGCUCACCUAGUGCAGAAGCUUAGUGAAAACAACAUUCAGACCAUAUUUGCGGUUACAGAGGAUUUCCAACCAGUCUACCAGGAGCUGAAAAACCUGAUUCCAAAAUCAGCUGUGGGAACCUUAUCCUCAAAUUCCAGCAACGUGAUCCAGUUGAUUAUUGACUCCUACAAUUCUCUUUCCUCAGAACUUAUUUUGGAAAACAGCAAAUUGCCAGAGGGUGUAACGAUCAGUUAUAGAUCAUUCUGUAAGAAUGGCGUCAAGGGAACUGGGGAAGACGGAAGGAAGUGUUCAAACAUUUCUAUUGGAGAUCAGGUGGAAUUUGAGAUUAGUGUGACCGCUCACAAGUGCCCAAAAAAAGGACAGGCGGAAUCCAUAAAAAUCAAACCUCUGGGAUUUAAUGAAGAAGUAGAAAUUGUUCUCCAAUUCAUCUGUGAAUGCGAUUGCCAGGACAAAGGGACCCCCAACAGUCCUGAAUGUCAUUUCGGAAACGGAACAUUUGAAUGUGGCGCCUGCAGAUGUAAUGAGGGGCGCAUUGGAAAGGAGUGUGAAUGCAGCACCGAUGAAGUAAAUAGCGAAGAUAUGGAUGCGUAUUGCCGAAGAGAAAACAGCUCUGAAAUCUGCAGUAACAAUGGGGACUGUAUAUGUGGCCAGUGUGUGUGCAAAAAGAGGGACAACCCCAAUGAAGUUUAUUCUGGCAAGUACUGUGAGUGCGACAACUUCAACUGUGACCGAUCCAAUGGGCUGAUUUGUGGAGGUAAAGGCGUAUGCAAGUGUCGAGUAUGUGAAUGUUUCCCCAAUUACUCCGGCAGCGCUUGUGAUUGCUCCGAGGAUACGUCGACUUGUAUGGCCAAAAAUGGACAGAUAUGUAACGGCAGAGGAAUAUGUGACUGUGGAAGGUGUAAAUGUACUGAUCCCAAGUUCCAAGGACCGACCUGUGAGCUGUGUCAGACCUGUGUUGGUGUUUGUACUGAGCACAAAGAAUGUGUCCAGUGUAGAGCUUUUCAGAAAGGAGAGAAACAAGAUGUCUGCAUGGAGCAGUGCAUGCACUUCAACAUCUCUUUAGUAGAUAGUCGGGAAGAGUUGCCCCAGCCAGGCCAGGCAGAAGCCCUCACUCACUGUAAAGAGAAGGAUGCAGAAGACUGUUGGUUUUACUUCACUUACUCCGUCGAUUCUAAGAAUGAAGUUAUGGUGCAUGUUGUGAAGGAACCGGAGUGUCCCAGUGGUCCUGACAUCAUUCCUAUUGUUGCUGGAGUGGUUGCGGGCAUUGUGCUUAUUGGACUGGCAUUGUUACUGAUAUGGAAACUGCUCAUGAUCAUUCACGACAGAAGGGAAUUUGCCAAGUUCGAGAAGGAGAAAAUGAAUGCUAAAUGGGACACUGGAGAGAAUCCCAUCUACAAGAGCGCAGUGACGACCGUGGUGAAUCCUAAAUACGAGGGGAAAUGAGGAAGGCGUCCGAUCCACAACACUGUAUGCAACGCAGCAUUAUUUGGAACAAAAAAGGCCCCAGUGAUGCCCAUGAUAGAAACCAUGGAAGAAUUUGGCAACGGACAGAAAUCGAGAAAAUUCACUGCUCGCGAGGGCAGACGUCUAAUUGGUGCCACAGGACUGUCAGAACAUUUUAUUCGCCAUAAUGUUUUGUUGUCACUUGAUCUUGGGUUCAGUUGAGGCCACAAAAUUAAUGGAGGACAUACGGUCACAUCGUGCCUUUUUCAUCCCCUUCCUCUUGUUAAAAAAAAAAAAAAAAACGUUUUCCUCUUGGUGUAAUUUUUUUUUCUUUUGUUUAAUUGUGCGCGUGCUUGUGUGCGUUAUUGCGAGUCCGUCUGCAAGGAGAAGGUUUGAUCGCUAAGAGCUUUGCCAAUCAGAGUAUUAUUGUUAUUAUUCUUAUUCCUUUCACCAUUGGACGAUCAGGGCUGGAAUUUACACGCGAGUAACAUCGCAUACGUGAGACUUUCUCUCUGCGUGAUCAGCAGGUCUCUAUGUGUCUUUGGGCAAAGACAAAGCAGGUGUGAGUAAGUAAGAAAAGGCAAAGUAUUUUAUAAAUAAUGUACAUAAUAAAUAGAUGGGCCGUGAGCUUGCUUCUUAGAUGCUAAAUUCCAGCUCGAUAUCGUUUUGCUGCCUGACUUCUGUAUCUUGCCAAAAAUCACCUCCUCACAUGGCCUUAAAUCUCCUUACGACCGAUUAUGUGUAUGUACUUCGGAAAUCUGGUGCUUCCUUUUUUUUUUCUUUUUUUUCAUUAAAGGGAACUAUCACGAAAAUAAACAUUUGGAGGCACAUUUAUCAAGGGUCGAAUUUCGAAUUCAUGCGAGUUUUUGUUUUUUUUAUUUUACUUCCAUAAAUUCGACCAAUCAAAACGUUUAAAUAAAAUGCAAUUUUCUUGGUUCGGAAGAAUUGAAUCGACCCGAAAACUAAAAUCGAAUCAGAAAAACUCGAUUCAAAUGUAAAAACUCAAUUCAAGUUUUUUUUAUUUUUUUUAUCAGAAAAAAACUGGAAUGCCAGGAAGGCUGCACACAUCACCAAAUUGAUCCAUGGACCUGUCCUAUUGACUUAUACAAUAAUUUGUCAGGUUUUAGUAGGCGAAUAGUUGAAUUCAAGUUCUUAAAGGGCCAGAGUAUGAUAAAUCUCUGAAUUCAAAUUAAAACUCAAAUCGUCUUCGGAGUUUUGACCAAACAAAUCUGACCCUCAAUAUAAGCUUCAACAUACUGAAAUAAGAAUUUUUUCUAAAUACAAUCAAUUAAAUAUUCCACAUAGUUUCUGAAAUAAUCAAGUUUAUCGUCACUAUUCCUCUCUCAGCAUCUGUUUCUCUUCAUUUUGUCUUCAUGCAGCAGUUGGGUGUCAGAUGAAUGAUCCAAUAUAUCUUAUAGGGGGGUUCCUUUUGCCUAGAAGAUGUAUUAGAGCUCACUCUAUUCAAAUCACCAGACAUUAUGUCUCUCUACAUGCAGAGUUUGUGGAAAAGACAGUUAUUUUAUUAGAUUUUGUUUGUAAUGGAAUCAGUUAUUUGAGUGAGCUCUAAUACAGGGGUCCCCAACCGUGGGGCCGUGGGCCAGAACCGGGCCACCGAGCCUAGUGAGCAAUUAAUGUGGCGCUCCCGAAUAAGAUAUAUUGGAUCAUUCAUCUGACACCCAACUCGAGAAUGAAGAGAAACAGAUGCUGAGAGAGGAAUAGUGAAGAUAAACUUGAUUAUUUCAGAAACAGUACAGAAUAUAUCAUAGAUUGUAUAUAUAAAACUUCUUAUUUCAGUAUGACGAAGCUCAUAUUAAAUUUUCGUUUUUGCCUUAGUUCCCCUUUAAUCCUUUUGUUCUGCUGUCGGUUUAUGUACAUCGGCAAUCUGCCGUUUACAUUCAGUUUGUGCCCUGGUUGAACUUACACCACAGCAUUGUCAUGUAAAGCCUUUCAGCAAAGACAUUGCUGUAACAUCGGGCCAUUCAGUAGAUCACUCGCCGACUAUUUCCAUGGCCUCUGUCCCAUAUUUGUCACAAUCUUGUUUUUUUAAGUGCCUUUUUAUUUUAGCAGGUUUUCACUUUUUACAAUACUGUUAACGGAAAGUUAUUUAUUAAAUAAAAAAAACUUCAAAAACAA